CGAGGGCAUCGCCACACGACUCACCAAAUGCACAAAAUACAAAAAUUAUGGCGACAUUGUAUCCAUGAUUUAGCGAAGGAUUCAUUCUCCUUUUCCACAUUUGGUGACUGGUGCAGCGAGGCCUCGACUCUGCGGAAGAAAAGGUCCUUUCUCCUUUCUUGCUUCUGCAAACGGUGCUCAAUUGAUGGCUCGGCAAUUUCGGUGUUGCGUGGUAGUCGGGAUCUGACAAGGCUGCCACGUGGCGACCUAAAGAAGCUCCGCUCGAUUGCCUUGCUUCUGUGCGUCGGCGGAUGACGAGCAGGGAGGGAGAUAAUCGGGUAGUGGCAGGUGCAAACGAGGCGAUCUGUGGUGGACGUGAUUAGGAGGAGGGAGAGGAUUUCUCUUAAACGGGGGGGGGAGGGGAGAUCUUCAGAAUCCUGCAUGCUUAUUGUUUGUACGUCCUUAAUUCUCCACGACUUCUUUGACACGUGUGGCGAAAGUCGCGCAGGAUGACGUUCUUUCAUUUUUUCAAUUGCGCGGCCUUGACGUUCGCGCCGCAUUUCAUCUACUACAAGGCGACUCCUUUAUCUGAGGAUGACACGUGGAUGACCUCCAUAAAAGCUGCAUGUGUGUACAUUAUAACCUCCCUUGUCAAGUUGAUAUGCUUGGCCACAUUCUUGCAGGUGUCAGAAUCAGAUGCGUCAGAACCGUCAGAGGAGCUUCUGAAGGCCUUGAUCGGGUUUCUAGACCUUGCUGGAAUUUAUGUCGCGCUGACACAGCUGACGCAUCGAAAUAUCUCGCACAACAACAAGUUUCAGGCAGUCGGUCUUGGUUGGGCUUUCGCUGACUCGCUGGUGCAUCGUCUAGCGCCACUUUGGGUUGGGGCCAGAGGCUUAGAAUUCACAUGGGAUCAUCUGCUGCAGGGUGUGGAGGCAAACGCAAAUUUGAUUCUGAGCUUGUCCCUUGCCAGCUUGGGAUCCUUGAUGUGGCUUCGUAAGAACAAGCCUGCCGCUUCGCUGCCGUUUCUCUACACUAGCUUGGUGAUCGUUGCCUGCAUGCCAGACAUUACAAGCUAUUUGCAGCGAGCGAUGGGUUGGGAUUUGGUGUCGCUGGUUGGCUUUGAGGUCGCGUCGUCUUUGCUGAUGGCACUCGUUGCAUGGAGGCUCUUCUGUGCCUGUCAAAGGCCAGUAUCCGCCUGAUGACCAAGCUGGCUGGUCAUUGUGAUGAUUGGAUGAUAGAAGAGAGUACAUGAGGCUCCCCCCUUUCUAUGCCAGGGAGCCUUUCGGAGACCCCUUUUUUUCAUUCUUUAAUGAUUUCAUUUCCUUGAAAAGUAAUUGUGUUUGGGCUAUUGCUUCUCUGCUUUGAAUUUUGACCACAAUACGCCAUGCAGCACAUUUAA